AGAACAUUUUGUUUUAUAAAAGUUACAUUUUCAGCUUUUUUCAUACCUCCAUUUGUGGUGGUGUGGUACAGCAGUGUGCUGAUCAUGUUAACUCAUUGGAGAAGAAACGGCAAGUCAUUCUACAGGCUAGUAAAUCAAUUUGCAGUCAAUUGGUUUACCAUGACUAUUUUUAUAUGUCUUUCUGAUUGAAAUAAUUCUGCCAUCGGGAGGACGGUGAAAUGUUACACUUGCAACAAUGGAGAUGAUGAUGAUGAUGAUGAUGAUGGGAUUUUUCUGAAGAAUAAUGUCUGUUGUCGCAGAGGAGGAAGGAAAAUCAGCAUCCUGCUUCACAUGUUCUCCUUCAGGGACAUGAUGUUCGUCUGAAUGGAGGGCAGGAGUCGGUGGAUCCCGCAUCACGCCGCCAUAAAUCCGCGCAGUGGAGAAGAGCUGCAGUGAAUGCAGCCUUCAGUCACUGCUGACGUCGCGUCUCUUUAACGGAGGGCUUCUCAGGACGGGGAGGGGCGGGGGGUGAACGGGUUCAUCGGGUUCAUUCCUGUAUCUCAGGUCGGCUGUUCCCGGUUUCCUGUGUUAACGAGAGGCUGCGGCACAAAUCGCUGAUGAAACAUGGAAGCAGUCCGCAUCGGAGACCGGAUACAUGGUGUUUAUUCUGGACACUGACUGGAUGAGCUGAUGGCUUUAAAGCACGCAGCCAUUUUCAGGUGAACCUGUGCUCUUCCAGCCAGCUGUAGCCGAUGUGUUGGGAAUGGAGAGAUCGCUUUUUCCUGUGCAGGCUGCUGAUGGAAUAUAAAUGAUGAUGAUGGCUGAUGGGUGCUGCAGGGGAACGGAAAGAAGCAGGGGUAAGAUCCAGUCCGAUUCUCUGUCCAGACACGCGUAUCCCCAGCAGUACAUCCAGGCUGGAGCAGCGCAGCAGGGAAAUGACAUUCAGGAACUGGCCUCAAAACGCGUUGACAUCCAGAAGAAACGCUUCUAUCUGGACGUGAAGCAGAGUGUGCGCGGUCGCUUCCUGAAGAUAGCCGAGGUGUGGAUCGGGAGAGGGCGUCAUGAUAACAUCAGGAAGAGCAAGCUGACUCUGUCCAUGUCAAUGGCUCCGGCUCUGCGAUACUGCCUGGGAGAUUUCAUCGAUUAUUACGCCCGAAUCGGACUGAGGGGGAACCUGGCCCAGACUCCCCAGCUGGCAGAGGAACACGGCAGCAACGGGCAGGGCCGCGGGCAUGAUGCGCGCAGAAAAGCGCGGGAGCAGCAUGCAUCUCCCACCGGCUCGGUAGGCUCCGAUGAUCAUGCCCACCGAGUUCUCAAGAGCGAGUUCAUUGAGAGAGACAACAGGAAGUACUUUCUGGACCUCAAGGAGAACCAGAGAGGUAGGUUCCUGCGCAUACGACAGACCGUCAGCAAAGGCCACGGCUCCAUGGGCUACUAUGGCCAGGGUAUCGAGCAGACCAUUGUUCUGCCCGCACAGGGACUCAUCGAGUUCAGAGACGCCCUGUCCCAGCUCAUCGAGGACUACGGGGACGAAGAGGUGGACGAGCAUGGCCGACUGGGCUCCAGGACGCGCCUCGAUAACCCCGAGCUUCCGGAGGCCGCGUCCUUCCGAGUGGACAACAAACGCUUUUACUUUGAUGUGGGUUCAAACCGCUACGGGGUUUUCUUAAAAAUAAGUGAAGUGCGUCAGCCGUACAGGAACACCAUCACGGUCCCAUUGAAAGCCUGGGCUCGGUUCGGAGAAAACUUCAUCAGGUAUGAGGAGGAAAUGCGGAGGAUCUUCUCAUGCCACAAGGAGAAGAGGACAGAAGACCGACAGGACAGCACAGAGCAGGAGGACUGACCUCUGCACCCUCCAGACACAUGGCCCAACCUUCCACAUGCCAUGUUCUGUCACCACAAGUAGGCUGAUUUACCAAGGGCUGGUAAACAUCUACCCUGCCAAGAAGUGAUCCAUUCAUAGCCUUAUAGCAACACCUGAUUCAUCUACUGCUGCUGAUGCACUUUAACCAGGAGCAGCCUGGGAAUGAUUUGGGGCUCUGUGGACUUUAACCCACAUUUGCCUUUUAAAUUUAAGAAUGCACUGUACAGAUGGUUAUUAAUCAAAAAAAAUUACAGUGAUAUGGUA